ACCUAUAUUUAACCAUAUUAAAAAUGGAUUAUCCGUUGUUUGGCUCCUAUAGCUGUUACAUCUACUUUCGGAAUUAUACUGUCAAGAAAACAAUAUGCAUUCAACCGCGAGAACAAACAACGGUAUGGACUAUAACAACACAAGUUAUCAGACAACGCCCAUUUCCAGUAUUUCCAGACAUCAGUGUCCACUGGCAUUGAUUUUUGGUCCGGUUGCUGGCGGAUUGGUGGCGGGAGUAGGGGCAUCCUUCGUCAUCCAGAAAGGUACAAAGCGACGCACCAAAGACGCUAACCAACAAUCAAAGAGGGACGAGCGUAUAAGAAUGGAAGAUAUUCAAAUCGACAUUGACAUGAAACCUAAACACAAAAAAGAAGAAAAGAAACAAUAUCGAACAAUGUCAACACAGACAUAAGAAUCAGAUCGUUACAUAAUUUCGGUGUGAAAAUAAGCCCAUUGGACAAUCGAAGCCCUUGCAAGUUACGAAAGAAAGUUGUAAUAUAGCUUCGCAUAAACUGUUUUUCUUUAUCGAGUUGUAAUCAGACUUCAUUUUAUCAUGUUUGCAAUUUUAGAAUUCAAUCGAAACGAAAUCCAUUAAGUAUGUUUUGCUCCUAUUUCUGUUUUUAUUUUAAAAAUCUGAAUUCGGAAAUGAAGUUCCGUCUGGUUUUAGCGUUAUUUACAAUAAUGGGUGAUGUCAUCAACGCUAAAGCACCUGGCUAAGAUUCUAUCAUAAUAAACUACAUAUUAAUUAUUGAAUAUAAAAUACAAUUAAGAAAAAACAAGUAGUUCCGCUCUAAAAAUAGAAUGAUGUAAAAUAGGCAUGCUAUCUACAUAAGGCUGAAGUUAACAUAAUGGGCUGUUAUUCGAUUGAUUGGCUUAUGGUAGAUGUAUAAA